AUGAAUUCAACAACAAGGAAUCUCUACAGGGCAACUGAGCCGGAAUACCUAGAAGAUGGAACUCGUAAGGUAACAAUUCCUCAACAUGUCUUGUUACAAGGAUUAGAGAACCAGAAAGAAAUAACUAUUACGAAGCUUGGUGAAUCAAAUUAUCUAUUCCAUAUGCCAGAUGAAUCCACUAGGUCUUGGGUUCUCCAGCGAGGACUUUGGCAUGUUGAUGAUUGCCUAAUGUUUGUUGCUUCUUGGACCCCAGAAGCUUCCCUUGCUAUUCCUGAGAUUAAAACCAUUCCUGUUUGGGUAACCUUGAAGAACAUACCCAACAGCUUAUAUUCUAUCCCAGGAAUAAGUCACAUUGCAUCGGGUUUAGGUGCUCCCAUGGCAACUCACAAGCCUCGGUUGGAUCCCAUUCUCAUGGGUGAAGCAAAGAUCUUAGUUGAAGUUGAGUUGACUAAAACUUUUCCAACCCGAAUAGCUGCUGAUGAUUUGAAUGGGUUUAUUUCAAUGGUUGAUGUGGAAUAUGCAUGGUUGCCUUCUAAAUGCGGUAGAUGUGGUCAAUUGGGACACAAGGUUAAGUGUUGCUUACAAGAAGAAAACGUCUCAAAUGUAGUUGAUAACACAACUAAAGAAACUGUUUUGAUGAUUGACUUGGAUGUGGCCGGAGUCUCCAACUCUGCCCCGAUCUCUGCUCUAAAUCACUCAAGCUCAGCUCCUGCCAUAACAUAUCAAGCCCCUCUUUCAACUACCAGCAAUAAUGUCAUUGAGUCUUCUUUUUUGGAGGCUGCUCGUUCUAUGAAUGCUCAAGCAAAAUCUACUGUCCAGAGGGAAAGUAUGAGAUUAGCUGAGCUUGAUUUGGGUUCUAAUAAGUUUGCCUCCUUGAUUUCUCAUGAAGAAGGAAAAGACUCGUCUGAUUCCAAAAAUAAUUCGGAUUCGAUGGAUUUUAUGACACCUUUCGGGGAAGAGAAUUCUUCGAAAAAGACCGGUGAAACCAUCAACAAAGGCUAA